AUGGCGGACAAGAAAAAGCUAUUGGACAAUCCUUAUAUUAAAUUGCAACGUUUGCACCAUUUAGCAGCAAUUCAAGUCAUUAUGCUAGUGAUUAGUUGGAUUGCAAGACGUAAGAAGGAACAUAAGCAUGUUAACAAUCAAAUUGCUCGUGAAUUACGCCUUCAUGGAGACCAAGCAAGAGAUGAACUAAUGUCACAUUUGUUGUCAAGUGAUCUGUGUCAUAACAUGAUAAGAAUGAGUCCUAGAGCUUUUCUAGGAUUAUGUGAAAUAUUAGUUAGAGAUGGAGGUCUUAGACCAACUUUGCAAGUGUCUAUCGAGGAGCAAGUUGCAAGAACUCUAUAUUUAUUAGGUCAUAAUGUCUCCCAUCGUGAACUAUCUUUCUUCUUCCGUCGUUCUCGUGAGACAAUCUCCCGUCAUUUUCAUAAUGUAUUGCAAGCUAUAGUAGAGUUAGAGGAAAAAUACUUAGUACAACCUGAUGGCUCAGAAAUCCCUUCAGAAAUAUUCAGCAGCAUUUCCAAUGCCGACGCUCCUAGGUUUCGUGGAAGGAAGGAAUACCCAACACAAAAUGUGUUGGCUGCAUGCACAUUCGAUUUAAAAUUCACUUACGUGUUACCUGGGUGGGAAGGAACAACAUCUGAUUCAAGAAUAAUGAAAAAUGCAUUAAGUAGAGCUUGUCCACUAAAAAUCCCUCAAGGAAAAUAUUACCUUGUUGAUGCUGGAUUCAUGUUAAGAAGUGGGCUUAUUACACCAUAUAGAGGAGAGCGAUACCACUUGAAGGAAUACUCAAGGAACCCACCACGAAAUCCACGUGAAUUAUUUAAUCUUCGCCAUGCAUCUCUAAGAAAUUCUAUCGAGCGAGCAUUUGGCGUCGUGAAGAAACGUUUUUCUAUAAUAGGGAGCUCGACGGAGCCACAUUAUGGUUUGGAAACACAAAAAGAAAUUAUUUUUGCAUGCUGUAUUUUGCACAAUUAUUUAAUGGGUGUAGAUCCUGAUGAUAUAUUAAUUGCUCAAGUUGAUAACGAACUUAGUGAUGAAGUUCAAGAUGAGCAUGAUGGCACCGGGGAAAAUAGUGAAGAAACAAUUGCCGGAGAAAUUAUUAGGGAUGCUAUAGCAGUUGAAAUGUACACUAAUUAUGUCGAAUAA